AUGUCCAUUGCUUUUUACUAUCUCGCGAAAAUCAGUUUCAAAGUGCAUUGUUUUCGAUUCCCGGAAUUUAGACGAAAAGGAGUCAAUAGGAAAUUGUAUAAAUUAAAGUUUGUGACGAGUAUUUUUAAUGAAUUGUAUAUUGAUUUAGUUAAAUAUUAUUUAACGUCAAGUGAUGAUAAAUCAAAAUCCAAAGAAACUAAAGAAACCCUGGAGAUUAAAUUAGAACCUCAAAUAACCAAAGAAACUCGGGUGAUUGAACCUCAAAUUGCUGAGGAAACUCGGGAGAUAAAUUUAGAAUCCCAGAUAGUUAGAGAGGGGAUUAAAUCGGAAACUCAAAUAACUAAGGAUACUCAGGAGAUCAUAUCAGUAUCUCAGAUAAUUAAGGGAUCUCAAGAGGUUAAACUCGAAUCACAAAUGACCAAAUCUUCAAUGACCGAGGUUAAUGAAAAGGUUGAGGAAGCAUCCAUUGAUUCCAAAAUCAUUUCGAAUCAACAUAUUGAAUUAAUUACAAAAUGGAUCGAUCAUGUGGACACUGCAAAUAUCUAUGUCUCGCUGUUCAGACCUUAUUACGUAUGGAGGAGUUAG